UCUUAAAUGAAAUAGUAAUUUACUUUAAUUAUUUAAUCAAUAUUUACUUUUGAGUGUUUCAGUGAUGUUAAAUACCUAACCAAAAAAUAGUAAAUAUGAUAUAAUGGGAAAGGCACUAUCAACUAUUCGAAAUCCCUUGAGGAAUUUCAACUUAGAAGGAAGGGCUCAUGCAGCUGUUUCCAAGAAUAAACCUACAGCAGCUCCAAAACAUAAAGCUGAUCAAAUGAACUAUGAACAAAUAUUACAUGAUCACCCAGAUAUUGUAGAGGAAAGCCGAAAGAAGCAUCAUGUAUUGGAUAAACAUUUGAAAGAUAUCUAUGUUAUUUCAAAUGAUGCAGAGGUUAUCAAAGAACAGGAUCCUAAUAAGCCUUUACCCACUGAUAGGAAACCUGUGGAAGAUUUUGAAUAUGGAGUAAAGCAACCUACAAUAGUUCCUCAUGGUAAAAUAACACUUAAGCAAGCUUUAGAAUUUAUAUCUCAGCAUCAAAAUAAUCCUGCUGUAUGGACAUCUAGCAAAAUAUCUGAUGAUUAUUUACUGUCAGAAGAAAAAGUUAAGAAUAUUUUAAAGUAUUUUAGAGUAUAUGAACUGUAUGUUCCACCUACAAAAAUGAAUGCAACUAUUGGUAAACCAAGCUUACCUAAAACCUUUGGUAAAAGAGUGCAAAGAGCUCAAUUAGCUUCAGGUCAAAAGGAAGACUAGGAUAAUACAGCAAAUAUGUAAUAUUUGAGUGCUGGAAGUAUUGAUUGCUAAUAAAUUAUGAUUUA